CGGCUUCUAGGUGCCGCCGCCGCCGCCGCCGCCACCGCCGCCACCGCCGCCACCGCCACCUCGGAGCCCGGGCCUGGGGGGCGGUGGGGCUGCGCAUGGAGCCCCCGCCCCCCGGAGCUGCCAAUACUGCCACUGCGCUACACACAGCCUCUCAGCUCUGAGCUAUCUGCCCUCCAGGUACCCCUGGGAUGGCGUGAGCACUCCGCCAGUGAUGGACCCCUCUGUGACGCUGUGGCAGUUUCUGCUGCAGCUGCUGAGAGAGCAAGGCAAUGGCCACAUCAUCUCCUGGACCUCACGGGAUGGCGGUGAGUUCAAGCUGGUGGAUGCUGAGGAGGUGGCCCGGCUGUGGGGGCUGCGUAAGAACAAGACCAACAUGAAUUAUGACAAGCUCAGCCGGGCCCUGCGGUACUACUAUGACAAGAAUAUCAUCCGCAAAGUGAGCGGCCAGAAAUUUGUCUACAAGUUUGUAUCCUACCCGGAAGUCGCGAGGUGCUCCACUGAGGACUGCCCGCCACAGCCCGAGGUGUCUAUCACCUCUACUGUGGCAAAUGUGGCUCCCGCCACUGUACAUGCUGUCCCCGGGGAUCCUGCCUCGGGGAAAUCGGGCCCACCCAAGGGUACAGGAAUGGCAGGCCCUGGUGGCUUGGCGCGCAGCAGCCGCAAUGAAUACAUGCGCUCAGGCCUCUAUUCCACCUUCACCAUCCAGUCCCUGCAGCCACAGCCACAGCCACCCCCUCAUCCUCGGCCUGCCUCAGUGCUCCCCAACACCGCCCCUUCAGGAGCAGCAGUGCCCCCGUCUGGGAGCAGGAGCACCAGUCCAAGCCCCUUGGAGGCCUGCCUGGAGGCGGAGGAGGCUGGCCUGCCUCUGCAGGUCAUCCUGACCCCACCCGAGGCCCAGAACCCUAAAUCGGAAGAGCUGAAUGUGGAGCCUGGGUUGGGCAGGCCACUGCCCCCAGAAGUGAAAGUGGACGGGCCCAAGGAAGAGUUGGAAGCCGCCGUCGGUGGGGAGGCGGGGUUUGUACAGGAAGCCGCUAAGGCCGGGCCGGAAGUCCCUCCUGCGGAGGGCGUGCCGGCCCGGCUGCCCGCGGUCGUCAUGGAGACUGCAGCGCAGGUGGGCGGCCUCGCGGCUUCCACUGCUUCCAGCACAGAGAUCGCCCAGCCUCAGAAGGGCCGGAAGCCCCGGGACCUGGAGCUCCCACUCAGCCCGAGCCUGCUGGGUGGGCCAGGACCCGAACGGACUCCAGGAUCAGGAACUGGCUCCGGGCUGCAGGCGCCGGGGCCAGCGCUGACCCCGUCCCUGCUACCUACGCACACAUUGACCCCGGUGCUGCUGACACCCAGCUCGCUGCCCCCCAGCAUUCACUUCUGGAGCACCCUGAGUCCCAUUGCACCCCGUAGUCCAGCCAAGCUCUCCUUCCAGUUUCCGUCCAGUGGCAGCGCCCAGGUGCACAUCCCUUCCAUCAGCGUGGAUGGCCUCUCAACCCCCGUGGUGCUCUCCCCAGGGCCCCAGAAGCCAUGACUACCACCACCACCACCACCCCCUUCUGGGGUCACUCCAUCCAUGGCCCUGAACUUCUCUCCAGCCAGCCGUCUCAAGGAGAAACAUAGUUCAGCUGACAGACUUGUGCUCUAGCUGUGGUGGGGUAGGGAUUCUAGGAAGGAUCUCUCAAUAACCCUUCCACAGGAAACAUACAACUUCUCUCUUCUUGGUCAGUUCCUCAGUGGCCGCCCUUACACGUCUCCUACUGCAUUGGUGGAGACGGUUUAUUUAUUUAUUUUUUGAAGGCCACUGGGAGGAGCCUGGCCCAACCCUUCUGGGGGGGUUGGUGAGGACAUCUCCCCCAUCUCCACAUUUUCUCCCCAAGAUGAGACAAUCGGGGUCUGGCUUGAGAAGGACCUUUCUUUAUUUAUUUCUCAGCCUGCCCUUGGGAAGCUGAGGGAGCCCUGUCUCCAUUUUGGGGUGUGGGUAGAAGAGAUAGCUUGUUGUAGUUUUAUUAUUCCUGGCCAUACCCAAGGGUCCAGGAAGAAAUUGUGCCGUUUAACGGUUUGGGAGCCUUGGCCAAGGAAGACUCACACCCUAGAAAUAGGAAUUUCCACCUCCCCAGCCUUCUCUCAGAUACCACCAUUUUGGCCAGGGAGGAAUGCUCCUUUUGUUCUUCUCCCCCUGAGAAGCCAUUCCUGUAUCUGCCAAACUCCUGGAGUCCUGCCUGUUACCUCCCAAUGGAGGGUUUUUUUGGGGAGUGGUCCCCGUCUGGGGGGCCCCUCCAGCCAGUACUCCAGGUCUCCUUGUCCCCUACCCCCUGCCAUUUUGAUAGUAUAAUCUAUUUUUAAACAGGGCUUUUCAAUAGGGGAGAGGGGAGCAUCUCUUCCUAUAUCUGAGAUGGGGUGGGUGGGAAGGAAGGGAUUUGGGGGAGGAAUCUUCCUGCCACUCCCAAGUGUUUAUUUUUGAUACCAAACGUGUAUUUUCAGCUCCCUCCCUCCCAGCCCCCCAAUUUCCUGCGGGCGGGUACAAAGGACCCUUUAAGUGUCCCUGGAGUUGGGAGGGAGGAAUGGGGGACAUAAAGCCUGUCCUAUCUGAAUUCCAGGCUGGAGAGGAUGGGUUCAAAGGACUCCUGGGCUCACCUCCUGUCAGCACCGGCCCAGCCCGGGCCUGGGGACCUGGGGGUUGGUGAUUUGGGGGACGGUGCUACACCUGUCUCCACUGUUUGUUUUACUUCCCCAAAAAUGGAUCUUUUUUUUUCUAAGAGUCCCAGAGAAUGGGGAAUUGUUCCUGUAAAUAUAUAUUUUUAAAGGUGAUA